AUGCCAGAAGCGUUGAACAAGGCCUCUUGGAAACUGUAUUAUGUCUUUGGAGCUAUUAAUCUGGGUAUCUCCGUUGUGACGUAUCUGUUUUAUCCGGAGACGGCGCAGAAGUCGCUCGAGGAGUUGGAUUUGCUAUUUACCCCGAAUAGGAGGAUACUGGCUUGCUUGGAUCGGGAGGCGUGUCGGAAGGGGACAAUGUUGGGCUCGGGUUUGGAGGGUGGGGUGGAGGUUGCGAGGGAGUUGCAGCCUGCGUUGGUUAUGGGGGUUGUUGUGGACGAGAAGGCGAUGGUCAGGGAGGAGGAGAGGGUUUAG